AGUCGGUAUAUUUGAUUUUGUUUAUUUGGUUGUGUAAUCGAAAUAUAACAAACCUUUCAAUACUUCAUAUUUGUAUAACAAAUAGAAUGUAAUUUGCAGUCUUAAAAUUUUCUCACGAGUGCUUAAUUUGAAUUUUGUGUUUAUCUGUCAGCUGUAAAUUAGAAAAUCAAUGGCCAAAUAUAUAGCUCAAAUAAUCGUAUUGGGUACGCAAAUUGUGGGGCGUGCUUUCGCUCGAGCAUUGAAGCAAGAAAUCGCUGCAUCACAAGAAGCCGCUAAGCGAGCAGGUGGUGGCCAGAAAGGUCAAAGCCGAGCUGCUGCUAACUUGAGGACCGGAAUGACCCUUGAAGAGGCACAGCAAAUUCUAAAUAUUUCUAAGCUUGAUCCACAAGAAAUCCAGAAAAACUAUGAACACUUAUUUCAUGUCAAUGAUAAAUCCAAAGGCGGCUCUUUUUACCUGCAGUCUAAGGUGUUUCGCGCUAAGGAGCGAAUAGACCAGGAAUUCAAAUCUGAUAAACCGCCAGGGAACGAGCAAAAAAAUAACGAAGAAACUAAAGUACAGACGUAGGAAAAAACAAAUUAUGAAAAUAUAUAUUUUCGGUUGAACAUUAAUUUAUUUUAAGUUAUCACAGACAGUUCGUCAUCUUCUUCGCUUUCUUCUAGUGAUUUUAAUAAAGUGAUAUGAUGAACAUUCAGAUUCAAA